AUGGCUUCCUCUAUGAUUUCAUCGGCAGCCGUUGCCACCGUUAGCCGCACCCCGGCACAAGCCAACAUGGUUGCACCAUUCAAUGGCCUCAAGUCUACCGCAGCUUUCUCAGUCACCAGGAAGACUAAUGACAUUACUUCCAUCGCAAGCAAUGGCGGAAGAGUUCAAUGCAUCCAGGUGUGGCCUCCACGUGGAUUGAAGAAGUUCGAGACUCUUUCUUACCUUCCACCUCUCUCCACUGAGGAAUUGGCCAAGGAAAUAGAGUACCUUCUUCGCAACAAGUGGGUUCCUUGCUUGGAAUUCGAGUUGGAGAAAGGUUUCGUGUACCGUGAGAACCACAGGUCCCCAGGGUACUAUGAUGGACGCUACUGGACUAUGUGGAAGCUACCCAUGUUUGGAUGCACUGAGGCAGCCCAGGUGUUGGUUGAGCUUGAGGAGGCAAAGAAAGCUUACCCUAACUCCUUUAUCCGUAUCAUCGGAUUCGACAACGUUCGUCAAGUGCAGUGCAUCAGUUUCAUUGCCUCCAAGCCAGCAGGCCUUUAA